AUGAUCACCAAGAACAGCCUGCCACACCAUCAGGGUAUCACCAAGAACAACCUGCCACACCAUCAGGGUAUCACCAAGAACAGCCUGCCACACCAUCAGGGUAUCACAAGAACGCCUGCCACACCAUCAGGUGUAUCACCAAGAACAGCCUGCCACACCAUCAGGGUAUCACCAGAACAACUGCCCACCAUCAGGUAUCACCAAGAACAACCUGCCACACCAUCAGGGUAUCACCGAAGAAGCAGCCUGCCACACCAUCAGGGUAUCAUGAUCACCAAGAACAGCCUACCACACCAUCAGGUUAUCACCAAGAUCAACCUGACACACCAUCAGGGUAUCACCAAGAACAAAGUGCCUCACCAUCUGGGUAUCACCAAGAACAGCCUGCCACACCAUCAGGAUAUCACCAAGAACAACCUGACACACCAUCAGGGUAUCACCAAGAACAGACUGCAAUACACAUCAAGGGUAUCGCCCAAGAACAGCCUGCCACACCAUCAGGGUAUCACCAAGAGCAGCCUGCCACACCAUCAGGGUAUCACCAAGAACAGCCUGCCACACCAUCAGGGUAUCACCAAGAACAGCCUGCCACACCAUCAGGGUAUCACCAAGAACUACAUGACACACCAUUAG